AUGUCUCAAGACCCGCAUUACACCCAGAAAACCAAGGAAGAAACGGCGGAGAGGAACGAUACGGGCGACGACGAGACGCAUCUGGCAAAGGGCGAACAUCCGCACGAGCAUCAGCUGGAGAACUCGACGGAGGGGAAGCACGAGUGGAAGACGCGCGCGCCGUAUAGAAUUCACGAGCCGAAUGAUAUGUUCGACGUCAAGUACGAGGCGGAGUGUCACUGCGGGCGCGUGCAUUACCAGCUGUCGCGCAAGGAGCCGCUGGACUCGAAGUUGUGUCAUUGUACGACGUGCCAGACGCAGCACGCCGCGCCCUUCCAAUGGGCCGCGAUCUUCCACAAAGAAGACAUCAACUUCACGCGCGGGCACCACGCGCUCGAGUGGUACGACCCCUCCUCCAAGUCCGUCGACCACGUCCUCCCGUGCAAAGUCCGCUGCUCGUUCUGCCACUCGCCCAUCAUGGACGAGGGGCGGAAUAUGAUAUUGGUAUUCCCGAGCUUGGUCAAGAUGAAGAGUAAAGAGGACAGGGAGCGGUUUAGGCCGAGGUGUCAUAUUUUUUACGAGCAGCGGGCGGUGGACGUUCCGGAUGGGCUGCCCAAGUGGUCUAAGAUUGACAAGAAGUCGGAUUUGAUUGAGGAUAGUCCUGUGGAGGCGGUGAGGGAGUAUCAGCGGAAGGUCGAGAGGGAGAGGAGAGAGAGGUUCGAUAAGGGGAAGAACCAGUAG